GAGGGACCGCCCCGUUUCCAGCCCAGCGGCUGAGGCCCGGGAAUGCACCGGCCGGGCUGCAGGGCCGACAGGCCAUUGCCCGCAAGCGGCGGACGGGGACAGUAAUUUGCCCCUAAGCACAGCCCGUUCACCCGCUGGCCCAAACUCGGGGGGCGGGCGUCCCUCGGGCCGCUUCUCGCGCUCCCAGCAGGGGCCUUUCCCCGUUUUACGGUGACAGGCGGCCCGCUGUUGUUCGCAAACGGCUACGGGGCAGGAAAGGUGCCCGCGAACCUGGGGCUUUCCGAGAGUAGCCGGCCGGGAGAGAACCCAGGCGUCCGGGCUCCCGAGCCCAGCACAGACCCCGCCCCGCACUGGAGUGUUCGCUCCCCCCGGCGGCCCUCAGCCCCAGCCUCUUCCUGCUGCUGGCGGCAGCCCCGCAAGGACUAGGUUUAGAGUCCCCACCCCAUACAGCUGCUCUCCCUCCUUCGCUCCCUCCCGCGCUUUUCUUUCCGCACAGGCUCGGUCCUACCUCAGGAAUCGCGACAGCGCGAAUCUCGCUAAUUGUCCCUAUCCGGCCACCGUCGCAUUCAGUCAUCAUAUUUGAUUAGGACGGAAGCGGGUGGCACUUCCACGCCCGCAGUAAACAUGGCGACGGAGCAGAUUUGCAUCACGUGACGGGAUUCCUGGCUCAGGCUCACGCGCGUGCGGUGUUCCUGCCGCACGGGCUGCCGGGAAGAGGAUUCAAACGAUCUUGGCGGAGCGCGCGCGAGCCGAGUCCGCGAUGAGGCGAUCGGGGCGGCCUAGUCCGUGGCGGCGGCAGGAUAUGGAUACUCCUGAUUCUGGAGGCAUGACCCCUUUAGGAAGAAAAACUGCAGAGACUGGAAUCAACUUUACAAGUACUACACGUUUCUCAAGAGGUUUGACAUUCAUCAGGACACACACCCUCUUUGGUCAGAGCCCAACUAGGAGAAUAAUUCCACAAACAUCUUUACUGCAGGAAAAUGCAGAUCCUCAGAAGAUAGCAUUCCUUCUACGCAAACAAUGGACCUUGUAUAGUGUGACCCCCAUGUACAAAUUCUCUUAUGGUAAUCUGAAGGAGUAUUCUAGACUUCUGAGUGCCUUUGUUGCUGCUGAAAAGCAGAAAGGACUUGCUGUAGAAGUGGGCAAUGAUCUUGGUAUCAAAGUGACUUUGUCCACCCUUUCAGGACUCAAAGGUACGGAUCAAGACCAGGUUGCAAUCCUUGUCCAGAUUGCAUCAAGAUCUCAGCUCCCAUUUGAAAAUGCAGAAGACAAAGUGGUCUGGUCAGGCUGGUUCUGCUGUAUAUCUGGAGAUGAUCUUUUGGAGAGUGUACCAGAGGAUUUUACCUGUUUAUCUUUGUUCCUUGCAAAUGGGGCAGAGAGUUACACAGCCAUAGUUGGCAGUUGGUUUCAGAAGACCUUUGACUGUUAUUUCAGUCGUUUAACCAUCAGCCCACUCAAUCUUGCCUGGAUGGCUGCUAUGUGGACUGGGUGCAAAGUGGACAGUCAUAUGGCUGCAACAGAACUUGUUUUCUCUGUGCCCUGCAUUCCCCAGUCUCUGGACAUUUCCUAUGCCAUACACCCUGAAGAUGCAAAAGCCUUAUGGGACACAGUGCAAAAAACUCCUGGGGAGGUUACUCAAGAAGAAGUGAAUUUAUUUAUGGACUGCCUUUACUCUCACUUCCAUAGACACUUUAAGAUCCACUUGUCAGCCACAAGACUGGUGAAAGUCUCUACAACUAUAGCUUCAGCACACUGUGAUGGGAAUAUAAAGAUCUUACAUAGCAAGCACCUAAUAGGAGUGUUGACACUGCUGACAGAGCUGGCGAUCUCACAGAUACAAUGAAACCUUGUACUCUAUACCUGCUGUCCUAAAAAACUUCUUAUAGAUGCUCUGCUUGGACCACAUUAAGUCCAUCUGCAGUAGAUUCAUGUCUGAGAGACAUUGACUGCAGAAAGCUGGCUUUCCUGCAGAUUUUUUUAGCCUCACAAAACUCCAGUCCACCAAGUGAAAGCAUAUUAGUUUCAUUUGACCUCAUUGGUUCCUGGACUGAAAUCCACAAUGGGUAAUGAAGCAAAGAGGGCCAUCAGAGGAAAAUAAAAUAGUUGCACAUUUUGCUAUAAUAAAAAGGUCACAUCAAUAAAGUAACAUUUUGUAAUGAUUCAAGUAUCAUUUAAAGGGUCAGGCAUGAGAUAGAACACUGCUCCUGCUCCAUAGCCUAGAUCAGUGGUUCUCAAUCAGCACACAGCUGCAACCCAUGUGACAUCCUUAGGGCCAUACAGGUAGUAUAUAGUAUGGAUGUGGCUCACAUAACACAGAGAGAGCUGCAUAAGUGGCCCACAAUGGUAAAUAAGUUGAGAACCACUGGCCUAGAUGCUAACACAGUAGUGCAGGAGGGUGGUGUAUGUAAUAUAGGGCAGAAAAGCCUGUCGGGAUUAAUUUCUGCAAGGUUCAAAAGCAUUCCCCUAUGUUUGUUGAGUGAACAGUGAGAUAUUCAGAAGAAUCAGUAUGGCCUUGGUAUCAGAACCUUUUGAAGGAAAAGCCUCCUGUUUCCAGCUCUGCUACUAGUGACCUAAGCAAAUCACUUAACCUUGAUGCCUGUUUCCUUAACUACAAAUUAGGAUACUGGCUACAUUUAAUAUAGCUGUUUGAAAUGUACAAAUUAAAGUGUUAAGGUAAAAUGAGAUUUCCCCCACCCCACACACACCGCAAGUACAUAGAGAGAGUUUUUUUUCUCCUCCUUUUACUUGACUUUAGCUUCACUGACAGAGUGUCAAUCUCUUUCACUCUUACUUGACUUUGCUGUUGAAUGUACUGGCUCUGAAUCAAUGUGAAAACAGACUUUUGCUCAAGCUGCAUUUUACCUGCCGCAAUCUAUGCGGGCAGUAAGACCACCUCACCUAGUCUUGAAUUUGUCUAUAUUUAAGUACUUUGUGGUACAGCACACUGGCUAUGACUAGGCUCCUAGGUACUUCUAUAAUACAACUAGCAGGCAGGUGCUUAUGUGGCCUGACUUUCAGAAGUGCUGAGCACUCACCAGUUCCCACUGAUCCAUGGCUGCUGUUGGAUUAAAGGUACCUAAAUAUUGAUUUUUUUUUCCCCCCAGAGCAUAGUUUCAUAGUCCCAUUUUUUAAAAUCUUGGCUUAUGUUUUCAUUUAAAAAAAAAAUGUACAUUCUAGGCCUUGUGUUUGGCAAGAGACUGAAAACUGAUAUAAAGAUUGGCAGCUUGAGGAGCUUUAUUCUGAAAUUCACUUGACUUGCACUGGUGAUCAGUUUAGGAGAAAGAUCCAACUACUAUAUUUAUCCCAGAACUGUAUGUCUCUCUCACCUCCGAUACCAAAAUCCCUGUCUUGUUUGCAUGGUCAUUAUAAGAUCUGAAAUAAAUAUAUUGAAUUUAAUACAAAAAUUUAACACUAGCCCACAUUCACUCGAGCUUUGACAAAGAAGCACUGAAAGAAAGAUCAAUACGGCGUACCUGUGAUCUACAGCCACCUUCCACUUUUGAAAAUGGUAUUUAAUUUACAACCGCCUGCUAAAUAACUUGUUUCCAUAUGUUCAGUGUUACAUAACCAUAGUUCUAGGAAAGUGUGCUAAAGUAAAUGCCUGUCUGCAAAUCGAUAGAAUUACACUAGGGCUAGAUUGGGCUUCUGUUAUCAGGGCCACCUUUCCCUCUAGACAAAUAGCUGUGUCCUGAACAAUCCACUUCUAGGUUAAAGAAUGCAUGUACCGUUCCCCCCCGCCUCCCAGCAGAACUACAAGUCAGUUUUGCUUAGGAACUGUUUCAGCCAGCCAUUUGUUCAUUCCAGUAUGUUGUCUUUACUGGGCCAAUGCUUCCGGAAGGUGUCAAACCCCGACUGAAAAAUACUAUACCGUGUGGUAGGGGGAGAGUAAUUCUGCCUUACUCCCAUCUGCAGAUCAGUUUAUAUCCUAAAGUUGGAGCAGCAAUGAG